AUGUGUAAUUUGAUGACAUCUGAUUUCGCCAAUGCACUUGGUUUAAAGAAAGAAAAAAUAAAUGUUCCAAUAUCGGGGAUUUCCGAUACUACUCUUAAUGUGAAAAGAAAAAGUACCUCCACUAUUUUGAACUCUGAUGGUUCUUUUACUGCGACACUAGAUUUCUUGGUCAUUCCGAAAAUCACAGAUCUAAUGCCAUCCACAUUUAUUGAUUUAGAAGGAAUAGAAAUUCCGCCUUACGUCCGAUUAGCAGAUCCGGAAUUCUUUUCCCCCAAAAAAGUGGAUAUAUUAAUAGGGGCAGAAAUAUUCUUAAGUAUCUUAAAAGAAAAUAGAUUUGAUAUAAAUAAUUCCUUAAUUUUGCAAGAAACUGUAUUUGGACAUAUACUAAGUGAAACAAUUCAAGGUAAACAGGAAUUACAGCAUUGUGGUUUAAUCUCUCAAAUAGAUAACUUAGAUAAUUUGUUAAAGAAAUUUUGGGAAGUUGAAAAUAUUUUAGAUACACCUACAUCUAAAAACAAAGAAGAAUUAGAAUGCGAAGAAAAUUUCGUGCAAACUUAUCGUAGGGAUGAGCAAGGUAAAUAUAUUGUUAACCUUCCUCUUAAGAAAAAUAUGCAAUUGGGCAAUUCCAUUCAAACUGCAAAACAAAGAUUAGAUAGUCUCUGGAAGCGAUUAAAUAAUGAUCCGAAUUUUUCUAAUCUUUAUUGUAAUUUUAUGAAAGAAUAUGAGCAACUGGGUCAUAUGCAAAAAUUAGAUAAUAGUGACAAUGUAAAAUAUGUCAUGCCUCAUCAUGGCGUUUACAAGGCUAAUAGUACUACAACAAAGUUACGUGUAGUUUUCGAUGCCUCAGCUGCAUCUACUUCAGGUGUAUCUUUGAAUAACUGUUUGCUAAAAGGAGGUGUUGUUCAGGAUGACUUGUUUUCAAUCUUAUUGAGAUUCCGAAAGCACAAGGUUGCAUUUACUGCUGAUGUCAAGAAAAUGUACAGACAGAUUUGGGUUAAUCCUGAGCAGUGUAAUUUUCAAUGCAUUCUUUGGAAAACCAGGAGUUCUGAGGAACCUUCAUUUUAUAAGCUUCUUACAGUUACAUACGGCACCAAAUCUGCUCCCUACUUAGCUACGAGAGUGCUAAACCAAUUAGCAAAAGAUGAGCAACACAAAUUUCCUUUAGCAUCUGCUGUAACCUUAAAAGAUUUUUAUGUUGAUGAUGUUCUCUCUGGUGCAGAUGACGUUUCUACUGCAAUAAAAUUACAGCAAGAAUUGAUUUCUCUUCUAAAAGCUGGUGGCAUGGAUUUGCACAAAUGGUGUGCAAACAAUGAAAUGCUUUUAGAAUCUGUUCCAUCUGAAGAUCAAGGUUAUCAGUUUGGUGAUUCUGAUAAAAAUACAAUUAAAACACUUGGCUUAAAAUGGAACCCAAAAGAAGACUGUUUUAGUUUCAAUGUCACUCCAUCAACUAGCAUUCCCACAAAGCGAACUGUUUUGACUGAUAUAGCUAAACUUUUUGACCCACUUGGUCUUCUAGGACCAGUGACAGUAAAGGCAAAGAUCUUCCUCCAGAGAUUGUGGCUACACAAAAUUGAAUGGGAUCAAGUGUUACCACAUCAGGAAAAGCACGAAUGGGAAAUAUUCAGAUAUUGUUUAGGGGAUAUUACAAAGAUGCAAAUUCCUCGUUGCAUUCUAACUGACUCCAUCAAGGAAGUUGAACUACAUGGUUUUGCUGACGCAUCGAAAGAUGCUUAUGGUGCAGUCAUCUAUCUUCGUUGUGUUACUAUAUUGAAUUAUGUGAAAGUUUCUCUACUAUGCAGCAAAUCUAAAGUUGCUCCAAUUAAGGUGAUGACAAUACCCCGUCUUGAGCUAUGUGCUGCUGAGCUUCUUGCUAAGCUCGCUUCUAAAACUGUGUCAUCUCUUAACCUGAAAAUAGAUAAAAUUUGCCUCUACUCAGAUUCGACUAUAGUGCUGGCCUGGAUUAUUACUUCAUCGCAUCUGCUUAAGGUGUUUGUCUCAAAUAGAAUUUCCCGCAUCCAAGAGCUGACGAAAGAAUUUUCCUGGCAUCAUGUAAAAACUUGUGAAAAUCCUGCUGAUAUUAUUUCACGUGGUAUGACUCCUCAUCAACUUAUGAACAAUCAUUUGUGGUGGAAUGGUCCACAGUUUCUUCAAGUUACUGUUGAACUUAGUGAUGAAAGUAACAUUCCUACUGAUGACGAAUAUUUUCAUGAACUGAAAGGAGAGACUACUAAGACUCUAACUUUAAGUGUGGAUGCUACAUUUUUAGAUUUACUUUUAUAUAUUGUUUCUGAUCUAACUUCUGAAGCAUUCAUUGCAUGCCUCAAAAGGUUCUUUUCAAGACGAGGUAAAUCGCAAUUUAUUUUUAGUGAUAAUGGUAAGAAUUUUGUAAGUGGUAAUUCUGAAUUAAAGAGAUUAGCUCUUAUGGUAACUAAACAUGAUGAAUAUUUAUCAAAUUUUUUAUCUGAAGAGGGCAUUCAAUGGAAAUUUCUUCCACCCAGAGCACCUAACUUUGGUGGCUUAUGGGAGGCAGGUGUCAAAUCCUUCAAAUACCAUCUCAAACGUGUUGUUGGAGUUUCAAAGUUAACAUAUGAGGAAUUUUUUACUAUUCUGCAUCAGAUCGAAGGAAUUUUGAAUUCCCGUCCUAUUACUCCUUUGUCUAGUGACAUGGACGAUCUGGAAAUUCUGACACCUGGACAUUUUCUCAUUGAUAACAAAGGGGGAAGGGACCAGGGCCGGCCAUCUUGGCUGUGUGGAGGAUGCUAUGCACCGGAGCCAAACGAUCGAGGAGGCCUCAACAUGAUGAAGAACUAA